AUGGGUGGUGCUCCUGGAGUUUGGGUCAAAUCUCGUUUCUCAAUCUAUGAUAUCCCAGAAGAUAUUUAUUUCCGAAAUAGCCACAUAUAUGAAACAAUAUCACCCGAACCUCCCAUAUCCCCAAUUCCUCGUGCAUUCAGAUCUCCAAGCGCCCCUCGCGCCGUUUUAUCGCCUCGCUCCCUUCUCAAAAUCAAAUCGGGUAUCCAGGACGGGCGCGCAUUUGAUGAUCAAACGAUCCCGUCGGCUCCGUCAGUAAAAUGA